GGCCGCACGGGAGCUCCGGGAGGCCACAGUGCGCUCGCGUCGGGGCGGUGGAGUACACGCGGAAUCGCCGAAGCGAGUGCUGAGUCGGUGCCGCCGCCGGCUUCCCCCUUACCCCGGACGCUGGGAGACGUUUCGGGACCGCAGAGGCUUGUGGGCCAGCCACAAAAUGGAGGCGAACGGGAGCGGCAGCGGGAGCAGCAGCGACUCGGCUCCCGACUGCUGGGAUCAGGCAGACAUCGAGCCGGGCAGCGGCGCUGGCUCGGGGUCCGCCCCGCCGGCCGCGGAGGCCGAGGCCCAGCAGGAGCUGCUCGGGGCGGCUUUCAGCCGGCAGCUGAACGUCAACGCCAAGCCCUUCGUGCCCAACGUCCACGCCGCCGAGUUCGUGCCGUCCUUCCUGAGAGGGGGCCCGGCUCCCGGCCUGCCGCCACCUUCUCCCCCGCCAGGCCUGCCGCCGCCCCCCGGUGCACCUAUAGAGACAUCUCCAGAGGAGCAGACAGCCUCUUGUGAAGGUUCAAAUGCUGCUGUUAAUAUGGAAAUUUCAGAAUCAGUUGUGGAAAAUGGAGAGACAGAGAUGUCCCCAGAAGAGUCAUGGGACCACAAAGAAGAAACAAGUGAAGCAGAGCUAGGAGGUGGUCCCACAGGGGAUGCAGGCCCUUCUGAAGAAAGCACUCAGGAAAUGAUGGAAGAGGAGGAAGAAAUACCAAAACCGAAAUCUGUUGUAGCACCACCAGGUGCUCCUAAAAAAGAGCAUGUAAAUGUAGUAUUCAUUGGGCAUGUAGAUGCUGGCAAAUCAACUAUUGGAGGACAAAUAAUGUAUUUGACAGGAAUGGUUGACAAAAGAACACUUGAAAAAUACGAAAGAGAAGCUAAAGAAAAAAACAGAGAAACAUGGUACCUUUCAUGGGCCUUAGACACAAACCAAGAAGAAAGAGACAAAGGUAAAACAGUAGAAGUGGGUCGUGCCUAUUUUGAAACUGAGAAGAAACACUUCACUAUCCUAGAUGCUCCUGGACAUAAGAGCUUUGUUCCAAAUAUGAUUGGUGGGGCUUCUCAAGCUGAUCUUGCUGUGCUGGUUAUUUCUGCAAGAAAAGGAGAGUUUGAAACUGGAUUUGAGAAAGGUGGACAAACAAGGGAACAUGCCAUGUUAGCAAAAACAGCAGGUGUAAAGCAUUUAAUAGUUCUUAUUAAUAAAAUGGAUGAUCCUACUGUAAACUGGAGUAAUGAAAGAUAUGAGGAAUGUAAAGAGAAACUGGUGCCAUUUUUGAAGAAAGUUGGCUUCAAUCCCAAAAAGGAUAUCCAUUUCAUGCCAUGCUCAGGACUGACUGGUGCAAACCUUAAAGAACAGUCGGAAUUCUGUCCUUGGUAUAUUGGAUUACCAUUUAUUCCAUACCUGGAUAAUUUGCCAAACUUCAACCGCUCAGUUGAUGGACCAAUCAGGCUGCCAAUAGUGGAUAAAUAUAAGGAUAUGGGCACUGUGGUCCUUGGGAAGCUGGAGUCAGGCUCUAUUUGCAAAGGACAACAGCUUGUGAUGAUGCCAAACAAGCACAAUGUGGAAGUUCUUGGAAUCCUUUCUGAUGAUGUAGAAACUGAUUCAGUAGCCCCAGGUGAAAAUCUAAAGAUCAGACUGAAGGGAAUUGAAGAGGAAGAGAUACUUCCAGGAUUUAUUCUCUGUGAUCCCAACAACCUGUGUCAUUCCGGACGCACUUUUGAUGCCCAGAUAGUGAUAAUUGAGCACAAAUCCAUUAUCUGCCCAGGUUAUAACGCUGUGCUGCACAUCCAUACCUGUAUUGAAGAAGUUGAGAUAACAGCCUUAAUCUGCUUGGUAGACAAAAAAACAGGAGAAAAGAGCAAGACACGGCCCCGUUUUGUGAAACAAGAUCAAGUAUGCAUUGCCCGUUUAAGGACAGCAGGAACUAUCUGCCUUGAGACAUUCAAAGAUUUCCCUCAGAUGGGUCGCUUUACCUUAAGAGAUGAGGGUAAGACCAUUGCAAUUGGAAAAGUUCUGAAACUGGUUCCAGAGAAGGACUAAGCAUUUUUCUCAAUGACCCCCGCACAAUACUGUGAGGAAAAUCGACUCUGCAAAAGCCUACUUCACACCGCCUUCUUAUUUUCUGCCCAUUGAUAAACUUCUCCCCAUAUUUUGCAAAGACAAAAUUCACAGCAAAGGUCCACAUUAUGUCAGCUUUCUCAUAUUGAGAGCUCUGCUAUGCCACUGUUGAAUUUUCCCCCCAAAAAAUUUUUUUUCCUCCCAAAUUCUGCUUCCUUGGAAAGAUUCGGCAAUAGCUUUGUAAGUGAUGUGGACAUAAUUGCCUAUAAUUAUGAAAAUCUAAGGGAUUUUUAAUGUUUAAUUUCCCCCCAGCAUAUCUAUUAAGACCUCAUUUUUCCAGGCAGAUCAUUCAGAGUGUGCGAGUGUGUGUGCACAUGUUACAAAGAUGACUACCAUGUUAAUAAACUAUUCAAUUUGAAAUCUUUUCGGUAUUGGAAUUGCUUUUGAAUAACGUUUUUUAUCCAGAUGUAACGCAGUUGCAUUCGCUUUUUAACUCCCAGUAACCGGGACAUUUGGUUACUUGGACUUUUCUAAACUCCUAGGCCUCCCAGCACACACAGUUUUAAUGAGGCAAUUGGGCUCUCAACCAAGUUUGUAAUAAAACAAUUAGGUUUGCCCCUUCCCUUUUUUUAUUGCAUUCUUAAAAUUAAAAAAAACAAACCCAGACCACCAACAAACCAUUCAUGCAAAUGUGGCACCUUCAUUAGCUUUACAUUUGUUAAUAUCUUCAGCAGACUUAGGUUGAUUUAACACCAUUACUAGACAGUAAGUCAAUCUGGAAGGCUAGGACUCUGCAUAUUGUGUCUUUAUAAAAAGUCAGCAUUAUUAAAUUCUUAACAGCAGAAGAUGCUAACAACCAGGAAAUCAGUGAAACUUGCAAAAAUGAAAGAGAACUUGUGGCAAUAGUGCCUGUUAGUAUUUAUAUGAGCUGCGUUUUGUGGGAGAACUGGGCCAAUUAUAAAGUGCCAGUUACAGAAGUUACUCAGUUCACCCUGUCUUUAAUUUAGAGGGCCAGAUAAUCCUUGCUGUUUUAAAGAUCAGUCAGAACUGAGAGGGAGAGAGACUAUUUAAAUCCCUAAGAGUUUGCACAUACUGAAUGAAAUGGGGGAGGGUCAGAAUCAAGCACAGUCUGUCAAUUUUUGCAUAUCAAAACCAAUGUAGGCUUAUGUGGACCAGUGAAGUUUCUCUUGAGAAAUUAAAGCAAAACUGGUUCAAAAUCAAGCUUACUCAGUACAACGUGAAGGAGCUGUGUAAUAAAACCCUAUUUAGCUGCACUUUGGAAGUGGACAGUCUACAACUGCUAUCCUCAUUCUAACAAUUAGGGUGAAGGCUAAUGGAUUUUUCUUUUCCCCCAUUUCCAGGAGUAUUAGUACUAAGUAUCAAAAGGGGUCUUCAGAGCUUCUUCAAAAUGUCUCAGACUAAACAUUUUCAGUUGUACAAAUGUGGCAAGCCCAUUUAUUCCCCCAGAAGUUUACAGAACUCACCAAUAACUCAAAACAAACAGAUUUACCUCUUUGGGGUUUUUUUGUUUUGUUUUGUUUGUUUCUUUGUAACUGUGGAAUUCCCAUUCAUUUCACUUACAGCUACAUUGUAUGGACAGAAGAAGUUAUUGUCCUUCAGUUUCAUAUGACAACACUUGUAGCUACCUUAAUGCAUGGAAUUUAAAUAAAUUUUAUUAUGUCUGCAAA